UGUACAGUACUACCUCAGGAGAGCGGCUGACUGUCUCGGCUGCAGUUCCAGCACGAGAGUUUUGACACUUCACUUAAAUUUCGUUCACGUUUGCCGUGUAUUUUCUAAGUGGUUACAAUGUCUAAAGGGAGAAAGAGACGGUCUGCUGUCAUGUAUUCGGUGUCUGGCGUACAUUUGGGGGAAGGGGCUCACUGGGAAACGAGGAUGUGAAUUCAUAACGCUGCGAACCAGGAAGACGGACGCGAAACUUAAAUUUCUCUGUGUGACUAGUAUCUGCGCUUUAUCUUUGGACCGAAGUAAUGUAUUAAACUAUUAAAGCAGAAAAUACUGAACCCGAACGACACCCCCCCUCCCUUUAAGCAAAGGUCAAAGUUCACAGGAAGCUGGGGGGCUGCCAUUUUUCCCCCUGCUAACAUGUUAGAUGCUAAAAAGGCGAGGAGUGGUGGUCGCUGCUGAGUGCUUCUGUUUAUCGGGUGUUUGCCGUUCGUUUGCGUUUGUCUACCUCUUCUGUCGUAUGCGUUAGGCUCGGUUGUUGAAUGAAGGCGGCAUGGAGAGGACAGAACAGCCGUGGAAUUCCUCCUACACGUACCAGGUGAGCAAACACAGCGCCGAGAUGCUACACAACCUCAACAGCCAGAGAAAAGAUGGAGGCAGGUUUUGUGAUGUUAUCUUGCGCGUCGGAGAGGAGAGCUUCCCCGCGCACAAGGCAGUGCUGGCGGCGUGCAGCGAGUAUUUUGAAUCGGUCUUCAGCUGUCAGGCGGAAGACGACGGCCAGGGCAAGGAGCUUGAGAUGCACACGAUCAGCCCCAAAGUUUUCCGAGACAUCCUGGACUUCGCGUACACCUCCAAGAUCGUGGUGCGUCUGGAGUGCUUCCCGGAGCUUAUGACCGCGGCGAAGUUUCUGCUCAUGCGAUCUGUCAUCGAGAUCUGUCAGGAGGUCAUUAAACAGUCCAACGUGCAGAUCCUCGUGCCUCCUUCCCGCGGAGGCGAACACAGCCUGUUCAGGGCCGCGGAGCAGCUGUCAUACCCCCUGCCCGUGGACAUGUCAAACGGGAGCGUGUCCAACGGCGCAGUGUUUACCGACAACAACGACAGCGACAGCGCCGAUCGGACGCAGCCGGGUAACGGCUCUCAGCCGGCCGCUUCCGGAGCACAAGCGGCCGAGCACUUAGCGGUUUCCCCGCUGGAGUUUUCCAGCAGCCACCUCAAUAGCGACGGCUCCAAGCGAGGCAGAGGGAGACCCAAAAAAGAGCCCACGACGGAGCCGGGCACUUACGACAACAGCACUGCUCAAAACGAAAACGAGGGUGUUUUCUCGUGCGGGGUUUGUGGUAAGAUGUUUCCCGACGACGUCCAUUUGAGAAACCACGAGACUCAGCACGGGACGUUCACCGGUGGGGUGAGCACCGGAGCGGAGCUGGUCGCUGUGGACGGCCCCACCAUGAUCUCUCAUCCCCAAGCGCGGUUUCAGGAAAACGGGCUGCCCGCGGACAACCGUAAACGCGAGAGGACGAGACGACACGUCGCGUGUGAUCUGUGCGGGAAGGUCUUCCGAGACGUCUAUCACCUCAAUCGACACAAACUCUCUCAUUCGGGCGAGAAACCGUACGCGUGCCCGGUGUGCGGGCUGCGCUUUAAACGCAAGGACAGAAUGUCUUACCAUGUGCGGUCUCACGACGGAUCGGUGGGUAAACCGUAUGUCUGUCAAAGCUGCGGGAAAGGUUUCUCCAGGCCAGACCAUCUGAACGGACAUAUUAAACAGGUUCACACCACAGAGAGACCUCACAAGUGUCAGAUUUGCAACGCAUCUUUCGCAACACGAGAUCGCCUGAGGUCGCACCUGGCAUGCCAUGAAGAUAAGAUACCGUGUCAAGUGUGUGGGAAAUUCCUCCGAGCUGCCUACAUGACCGACCACUUGAAAAAACACAGUGAAGGACCUCAUAACUACUGUGGAAUAUGCAACAAAGGUUUUUCUACUGCAUCCUACUUAAAGGUGCACGUAAAAACGCACCACAGCUCGACCAUGCUCCCUUCCUCUGCAGCACAUCAGUUCCCCGAACCACGCACCAACAGACCACAGACGCACAACGGCGCCCCCUACCACUCAGGACGCCAGUGCGCAGUGGAAGACCUUUGCACCAGUCGCCGGCUCGUGGUUACCUUUCCCGAGACAGAGGGGUCUUUUCGGGGGCUAACUGGGCCAGUUCUACCCCAGCCCGUCCCUCCGGCCCUGGGCCUGCAGCCUGAGCUGCUCCUGGGCAAGCCAGGUCCAACUCCCUAUUUCUGGGAGUGCCGCUCUUCUGGAGCACCAGGGUUUCCACUUCAUGGACCUCUUACAGAUGGGCAGGAGAAUGCUGUGAAAUGCCCCCAUCAGGAUUCUGAUGGAUCAGACGCAGUUUUCGGUGACCUUUCCAACGGAACGGACCUCAAGGUUGAACAGAAAGUAGAGGGAGAAGAAAUGGAGGUGACCUCUUUCAUCUUCAAUGGCCAACCUGAGGACACGGCGACCUUGCCAGGAGGAUCCAAAAACAUCCAAAAAACAGACCAAGAAAAGAAGUUUGCCUGUGGCGACUGCGGCCAGACCUUCCGCACAAAGUCUUACCUCAACAAGCACCAUCACCGGGUUCAUAAGAAACGUGCUGCGGCCGGGUCAGGCCUCGGUGAUCUCGGUUCACCUUUUUCCCCCCAACAGAAUAUGUCACUUCUUGAAUCCUUUGGCUUUCAGAUUGUCCAGUCAGCCUUUGCCUCCUCACUAGUAGACUCUGAGAUGGGCAGCAGUGGAAUGGGUUUAGGGGAGAAAUGACCUCUUUGAGAUGCAGACAUUUCUUAUAACCUUAUUGGACAACCAAACUUUUCAUAACUGCGAGUUUAGUCUGUUGUCUCAUACUCCUUGAUGCCAUAUGUAGACUACCUUUUGUUUUGUUUUUGUCUUUUUUUUUUUUUUUUACUAUUCUAAUGUUUGUUAAUGUUUUGACUUUGCCAUCAUGGAUGCCAUUAUGAUUCCAUCUUGGUGUGAAGUAGCUAAUCUGUUUAUUUCUCCUUUGACAAAUCCUCAAUUUCAUUGGUCUGUCCUAAAAAAACAACCUUUUUUUGACAUGUAUGUGUAUCACCUGUGUCUCUCAGCUUCCAGAUUGUGGAUUGAGGAUGAUGUUUGCUUUAAAAGACAAACUAAUGCCCCAAACUUUCAGAAUGUACCUCUAUAUUUUUUUUUUCCUGACUUACCUCACCGAAAAAGCAUAACAUUAGCAAGCAUUGCAAUUUUAACAGUCUAAACAAAUAUAUUCACAAUCAGAAAACAUUGAGUAAUGUUUAAUUUGUGCAGCUGUUGUUGUCCUAUGACCAUUAACUUACAACACCUACACAUCUUUUUCUGUACAAGUUACUUUAAUGGAUAUUUAAAUGAUUUUAAAUCCUUUAAAACUUCAGGCUAAAUAAUGGCUGUUAUCUCAGUCAUUUUUGUGGUGUUUCUUUGUUUAUCAUUGGUAGUUCUAAAACAGAUUGUUUUGGGGCACAAAAAGUGUGUCAGUUUUUAAUGUCCAACAGGGACCAAUUUCAGGUUUCACUGUAAGAUAUAGCAAGAAGCAAAGAAUAUAUUUUAUUAACUUAUUGAUACCGGUGUCCAAGUCUCCUUUACGCAAAGGUAUAUAUUGAGUUGUUGCGACGUGCUAUUUUCUUGAAUCAUGCAGCCGACAGGAAGACGGCAUGAGAGUAGUGACAUGUAUGUAUGUAUGAGGACACGUUUGUAUGCUGCAGUCUCUCCAAUGUCCUUUAUCUCUAGAAUGUAAUAUAAACAGAGGGCUUUUUAAUCUUUUUUUAAUAUAUCAGAGUUUUUCUAAGUGGUUCAGUACAUUCCUGCUUAAUUUAAAGUCUUGUCACUAUACAUGACAUGUAACAUUCAUAUAUAUAACAAAUAUGUAUAUAUGUAUGGCCAAUUAUAUGAGUUUAUGUAAACGGGGUCCUUGUAUAUAGAUAUUUUCCCUGGCCUUGUUAAAUGAAUGGAUCUUUCUUUUUGAAGAGUACGUUUUAACAAAAUUGUUUUAAGUUGUUACUGACAAAUCCAUGAUUUUUGUUGUGUCUUUAUUAUUAUGCAAGUAUUUGAGCGUGUGUUUGGUGUUACCCUGUUCCUCUUACUCUAAAUGCAGUGUUAAUGCUGGUUACUUUUCCUUUUAUUUUACCCUGCAGGUUAUUAGUAUAGUGUACCAUAAAUGUUUUUGGAGUAUUUGGAAUGGCAGUUUGUACAAGGUUGCAGAGGUUUUGUAAGUGGUCACUCACGAUGGAAGGUAUGAAUGUUUUGAUGUGUACACACACACACACACACACACAAAACAACUUUAUUUUAUUACCUUAUAUAAUUGUUUGACUUGCUGUUUUUAUGUGCAGCUGUAAAAUCUGAAGCCGACUGAUCUGAGCAGUGGAAGACCUGCAGGUUUUUAGCUUCAGCUUGCUUAUUUGACUAAUCAUUGCUAAUAUCAGAUCAUAACAUCUGUUAAUUCAUUGCAGUUUUACAAUUCUAAUAGUAACAAUCAUUGUCUGCCCAGUAAGUGUGAUCUGAAUAUUUGCAGCCCUUAUUUAUUAAAUUUUUAAGUUGUAGGGAAUUCUUCAGCUAUUUUUUUAUUGUUGUUACUUGUGUCUUGUACGGUGUUCUGGCUUUUUACAUCACUGGAAAUGUUUGUUUUCUUGCUUAUCUAUUUGUAUAUUUGUAUGUUGCAAAGUGCCUUCCCAGUACUGAUUGUGAACAGCGAUGGGUAGGAAAAAUCUGUCAUUUAAAGGACCUAUCUUAUAAAAACCAUAUACAAACAGAGUUGCAUUGACACUUUUGUAUAAAGACAUGCACAUAGAAAGGUGUACAUUUGUAUGUUUGGUAUUCUACCUUUUUUGUUUUCUGACAAAAUGUUGUUUCUCUGCAAUUUAUGUCACAACGUUGAUCAAUUUUUGGACAUUUGGAUAUAAGCAUACUUUUCUAUUGAUGUUUGUUUUUGUACACUGUUUUUGUGUCUCUGUCUAUUUGGUACAGAGAUGGGUAUAAAAUAAAAUUGUAUUUGAGAA